CAAAGAGUGAAACAUCUUCAAUUGCACAACAUGCCGGGUGGAGUGAAGUUAUUGUCCCCAAGCAGAUGACAAUAUACAGUAAGGAUAUGGGAAGCCAUAGCACCGCGACACUCUCACUGACCAUGGCUGCACUGUAUGUCUCUCUGCUACUGGCUGCUCUCUGCAUUGGCACAGCCGCGCCCCUGCAGUGCUACACGUGUCCCGUAGUCAUCAGCAACGCCAACUGCCUGACCCCGACCAACUGCAGCGAAUCCGACACCUCCUGUAUGACCAGUGUGGUUUCUAUAUAUGACAUACCGCUCACGUUGAUCAAUAAAAUCUGCACUUCUAGCUGCACUCCAUCGGACAGAAAAAUCGAUGGUUCUAAGAACACAGUUUCCUGCUGCAACACCGACCUGUGCAACGUGAGCGCCGCCCCUGGGGUAAAAUACAGUUACCCUGCGCUGGGGCUGUCCCUCGGGUUCCUAUUGGUCCUGCUGAGAGGCUCCGCCCUGUGACCCCCCCCCCGGCUGCCUGCAGAUAUGGGCAUUAUGGGCAUGUGUCACAGUAUUGGGGGACUUAGUGUCACUCACAUGAGUCAGAACCACUGCCCACAACCCUGUGCCCCCAGCAGCACCGCCCCAUCCACAGAUCCUGCCCCCCCAUACCAAUACCCACGUCCAUGAUCACCCCCACCCACAAGUGGUUGAUAUAAAGAUAGUUGGGGGCAGUAGUCAAGUCAUAGUAUUGCUAAAGGUGCUAAAGAGUAUUGAGUAUUAUGGGUGUGGAGGGUGGGGGCGGGGUGUUUGCUGGAUGAUACUGGGCACCUCCCAUUUACAGGCCCCUCCACCUACAGAAAGAGGGGUCACCCCCCUAUAGUUCCACUAUGGGUCAGAGAGUCUGUGGGACAGGACCCAUCCAAAUAUCAGUUUGAUCAUCUGCCUCCAACUUGCUGCCUUCAAGCAACUCUCCCCUGUAACUGAGCAGUUGGUUUCACCCAGUUCGCUAAAUGCAGCGCUGUGCAACGUGGGGGAUUCAUCUACAGACUGUCCAAUCCCGUUGCACGACUCGCCCCUCCCACUGAGACAACUGCAUGAUCCCAGC